CAUUAUAAGCAUAAAUUCAAAACCCUAAUUUAUUGACUCUGUACGAUCUUUGAUAAUAUUAGUGAUAAAGAUGAGUAAUUUGAGGACGGUUUGUAGGCCGCACACUGUACUCUCUUCGUUUGGCUGUUUCGGUAGGAAUCCUGUGUUUCAGAACCCCGAUUGCUGGCGUCGACUCUCGUCGCCGUCGAUUUUCUCUCCUUCGUUCGGUUCUUCCAGAGACUUGAAGAAGACCGACUUGCGGUUCCGUGUGAAUCAGAGGAGAACUGUUGUUAAUGCAGCGAAUUGGACCGACCCGAAGUCUCCAUACGAAACUCUAGGAUUUCUGAAUUGCAUGAUGUAAUGGCCUCGUGGAACGAUUCAAAGAUGCAAUUGAGGAAACCUUGUUCUUCAUUUCUGUGUUGGAGAAAUUUUAUUUGCUGUUUCAUCAUUUAAUCAAAUAUUCCCUCUUGUCUAUGAUGGUAGAGGGACUCUCGAAGAGGGCGAAACUGCUGAAGCUAGAUUCAUUAAAAUUCAAGCUGCUUAUGAAUUGCUCAUAGAUGAGGAAAAAAGGAAGCAGUAUGAUACAGAUAACCGAAUCAACCCGAUGAAGGUAACUUUUUGAAAUACCUCUUGGGUACAUUUUGAUGUUAUGUACAGUCUAAUGAGGGAUUUUCAUUUUUAAUUUUUAAUGUUCUUUUAGGCAUCUCAAGCAUGGACAGAGUGCGUUAUGAGAAAGCGAAAAGCUUGGGAUCGGCGGGGUGAGAUGGCUGUUGAUGCUUGGGCUGAACAACGGCAGUUAGAUAGGGUUCUCCGUGGUCGCCGUCUUUCUCGUUCCGAGGUAUUUGAGUAUUUCAAAUUAUGCUCCAGGGAUUAAAAGGUCUCUAUGUUCUCUGCUUACAUAGCAACCAGCUUCUAUUGGUCGUUGCUGCGCUUGCGUUUUGGGAUAGCUACUUUAUCUGGAAACUAAUAUGUGUGUUGUUGCAGAGUGACCCUGAAAAAGAGAGAAAGAUCUUGGCAAAAGAAAAGAAGGCAUCAGUAGAGUUUUUUAAUACAACUAUGAGGCGGCAUAUUCUCGUGUUAAAGAAGAGGGAUUUGAUGCGAAAGAAAGCAGAACAGGAAAACAAAAGGGUUAUCAGUCG